AUGGACAUCGUGCCGUUCACAACGGCCGCGGGCAACAACGGUGACGGUGGUGUUGGUGGCAGACAGGAGCAGGAAGCGAACCAGUACUUCUUGCAUUUGUUGCAGGAGAAUACUCAGGUGAACUUGUUCGUGAAUGACCCCCGCAUUCAAAGUGCCUUGGAGCUUCGCGCGGAACAAAGACAUCGAUUUGUAUUGGACAACGUGUACGCCGAAGCCAACGCAUACAUUGCACACCUAGAGGCAACAGCGGAUGCGAAUCAUCGUCAACAGCUAGCAUUUGUGAGCCAAUCCACACACCUGUUGGUGGGACAGCUACACAAUGAAGUUCGAGUGCUAGAGACAAUCGCCCGAGCAGAACGGCAAUCAGCCAAUGAGCUGCAGGCACAGCUGGCACGCGCACAAAGGGAAAGUCAUGAUGAAAGGUCUAUGGCCAUGCAGUUUGAUGCACAUCGGUCCGAGCUGGAAGCAGCAGCGCGCACGCUCACUGCGGAAAACAGACAGCAUGAACGCCGUUUCGCGGAACUGCGCUCGAGUAUCGAAGAAAACCACAGUGAGAUGAUUGCCUUUUUAGGGUCUGAGUUUGAGGAAAAGCUUCAAUGGGAAGAGAACGAGUACUACCAUAGGCUAACCUCUGAGGCACAGCAGUACGAUCGCUUGGUUGAUGACCUGCAGGACAGGAACGCGGAGCUUAUAGCUGAGGUCGACUCACUCAGGACUGUCUUGUCGACAGCGGAGAGUAGCCCACCGCAAGGUGGUGCCGUGCCGGUGAAAGUCGAUCCUAGUGAGAGCUCCAAGCUUCAACCAAGCCCACCGCAAGGUGGUGCCGCAGCGACAAGCCCUGCUACGCUUUCCAGCGUGGGAAGUGCCCACGAGGUGAUAAGUGGAGGUAAAGGCGGUAAAGGUGGGGAGAAGAAGGACACCUCCAAGAUUCCUUGCAUCUUUUUCCCCAAAGGCACCUGCAAGAACGGUAAGAAUUGCCCAUUCAUGCACAAGGAUGCCGCUCCCUCUGUCCCGGCCAAAGGCGAUAAGGCUGGCAAGGACGGGAAGAGAUCGCCCUCCGGCAAGCGCAGGCGACCCAGUAAGAAAAGGCCAAAGAGUGAGGACAAGCCAGCCGCUUGCUGUCUCUCCCUCACAGCCACCCUCACGGGUGAGUCAUCGGCCGAUGCUGGGAAAGCCUACGCAGUAGCAGCCCGCAAGGGCCCUGCCGGAAAGCCCCGAAGCAGAAAGGUCCAGUUCCUAAGGCCAGAAAUCAUUGACAUCCCGCCUGAAGGUGAAGGCUGGAGCUUCGUACCAGACAAGCACAAGUUCGAAUUCAGGUACAAGUCUGCGGAGCUAUGCCCACCAUCAAUUCCAGAGGACACCGAAGAAGCUUUGCAGAAUGCCCGUGUCGGGGUAGAGAAGGAUUCUGCAUUCACUGCAAAGAAGCAAUUCCCCUGCCCCAACUUGCUGCAGCGGACCAUUGAUGGCAUGCUUAGCGGCAAAGUCCUCAGUCCAGCUGGCGCGGCAGAAGAUCCCAUCGAAAAGAUGGCGAAGUGCAUUCCUCCCAUUCCUGGGGUGGAAACGAGACAACUGCUAAAGGCAGGUUGGACUGUCAUCAACGGCAGCCCCGAUGACGUGUGGUCUUUGUUGGAGGAUUCAGUCAACAUUGACGAAUUGGACGGAAUCUAUGGGGAAGCGCAAGCCGACAGCGAUGUCGAGCCAUACACAAUGCCAAAGUCUAAGAAGGACGAACAACUUAGCGAAGACCUGGAUGAAAUGUUCCCAGAGCUAUUUGGUCCUGAUCGUGAUAAAGAUCCUCCGCCGAAGGACGCGAAAGAAGCCACCCGCAAGGGUGAGUCAAAGUCUGAUUCCCGUGCAGCAUUGCUUGAUGAUGUUCCGUUCUCUGUGAAGCAGAAGCUGAAGUCCAGCGCAGCAGUAGCAGCGCAAGAACCACCGUAUGGUUAUACGUGGAGUGGGGAAUGUUUGGUCAAGAAGAACAACAAGAACCGCCCUGACGCUAUUGAUCAUACUGCAUGGAAGUCUAUGUCGAAAAGACAAAGAGCAACAGCAAUUGCAGAACAUGAGAAGAAGCUACAUGAGGAGAAUGAGGCACUGUAUCGUGAAGCUGUAAAGGUGGAUUGGUGGGACGGCGAAACCUACUUCGACCUCGCAGGCCGGGAACAGUCUGAUUUCGAGCUGGCAGUUGCAGCUGCCCGCAAGGGCAAGCCGGUUCGUAACAAGUCUGAGGCUAAAAAGGAGGCGAAGCAGAGCAAGUUUGUUACCUUGUCGCAAGACGUUAAAGAGAAGCCCGGUGCUAUGACCAAGCCAGUCACUCGCAUCACGUACGAUAUGAAGGACUUUCUCGACUCUUGCAUUGAUCGGUACUGCGAGCUUGCUAAGGUAGAGCGUAAGACCCUGAAACCAGCUGCAACUCCCUUCCAUGAGCUACGUGUGGCUUUGCCAACAGCUUCCGAAGGAGAGAAGGUUGGGCAUUUCAAGCUACUGAAUGUUGGUACAGCCGAACAAGUGGCGGAUGUAUUCACGAAGCCUUUCACUGAAAAGAACAAGUGGACGCAUGCCUUGAAGCUUAUUGGACAUACAACCAGCGCGAACGUAGCCGGGUGCAAACCCGAGUCGAAGGUCGAGGUCGACAGCAAGGUUUCGGUAGCAGCAGCUCCGGAUGCAUCAAAGGUUGUCGAGGACUUCGCUAAACAAUCGUUCGAGGCUAACGAUUACAGCUUCAAGACCUUCGAGAAGCUAGCCCGCAUCCACACGGAUAAGUACAAUCAGAAAGAAUCGUACAACCUGACGUUCUCCUUCGCUGGUUCUGAUCUUCUCGACUUGCCCGAAGCGACUUCUACGAUCCCCAAGAUGGCAGCCAUCGUUGUGAGCGACGAGUUCUGCAGGGUCAACACCUCCGAAGCAGACAGGGCCGGAGUUACCAAGGCCAUGAAAACCAUUCUCCAAUCCGCCGCCCUCAACAACGAUAUCAUUUCGCUCGGCGCCGAUCAUGAGAGCCAGCUCUUGGAGUCGGCGUACAGCUGCGUAUCCACACAAUGCGCGGCUGGGGUAUCCUUGACCCAUGCCGACGCAACCUGUGCCAAGCGAGCCAUCAUAGUCGUGUCAGACAGCUCCACUGCACUUUGCAAGAAGAACAGGCGGGGAGUGUUCGUCAAGGCCGACUUGGAUGCGGAAGUGAACAUCGCAAGCAUGACGCUGGGAUGGACACAGACUCGCUACACCAUGUGUUGGGGCAAAACCUUGGCGUGGAUUGUCUGGCAGGUCGAGGAGCAUGUGAAGGAGCUCCGGAGCAACUAUCCGGACCACACCAUCGACGUGAUCUGCUGGUGGUGCGGGAACGAGAUCUCCGGCCAGUGGGGCUGCAUCCCCACGCGGCUAGGACCGGGACUCGCCUACAGAGAUCCCAAUGUCACAACGGAGACCGUCGCACGGAAAGUGAGAAGGGCAGCGGAUGUUUUAGCCGCCCUCGCGGGCGAGCCGGACAUUGGUUUUGUGAAGGUGAUUGGGCAGGUGGAGGCGGACUUGUUCCAACUCCACUCAGCCUACAACGACUUCAAUGCCGCUAUGUUCGAAGAGUUCAGGCAGCGCGGUCUGCAAGUGCAAACCGCGAGCUCCUUGGUCGAAAAGCUGGAAAUGUAUGACAGCUUUCACGCCAGUGAAGACCCUCGCAACCGCGAGUUAUUCCAGACCUACUUGCAUGCGACUUUCAAUGCAAGCAGGAGCGAAUGGCUUGCCCAGAAGAUGACACCCUGUGUCAGGGCUUUGCUUGUUCGCUAUGAGCACUUUGAGACUGGCUCAGGUGCCAACAAUCCAGUGCUCCAGGAUGUCUUCAAGCAGUGGCGUGCGGAGAAGGACCAGCUCAUGAACCCGAAACAGGCAAAGCCAAUGCCGGUCACCCAGGAGGACAAGAUGUGGGAAGCCCCAGAUGCCGCUGACGCAACCGACGUCACCAAGAUCUCCGAGGGGCCACCCAUGGAUAAAGCCAUCCGCAAGGAUGUGCCAAGGAUCGGUGCAACCACUGAUGUUAGUGCUGUUGCGGAGUGCGUCAAUGACAUUGUCACCCAGGACGCAGACGGUAAGGUAUCCUACAAUACCCCGGGCACGGUGGAACUGGUGGAUGAGGGCGACCAAGUCGACCCCAUCCCAUCAUCGAUUGGACGUGUUGUUGAGCCAGCGCCUCCCAAGAAGACUAAGAAGUCUGACCGCGACGAGGACGCCAUGAGAAGGCUCAUGUUCAUUGAUGAAAGCGCCCCGCAAGGGGCUGCCACUGUGCCAGAGCUUCCGAAUGAGUACUUCUACAACGGCAAGAAGCCCUUGAUGAAGCCCUUCAAUCCGGAGGACAUUGUGGGAGACAGGCACGUGACGUUCAAACACGGUGACCUGAAGUUCCUCACCAAGCUGCUGCGUGGCCAUGAAAUGGACGACUUCCCUGCAUUGAUCUUUGACCGUGGGUGCUGGGCAGACGUUGACACUCUGCUCCAGGUCUUCAACACGGCACGGAACGCACGCUGGGGUGUGAGGCAGCUGCUACGCGCAGCGAAAGCCGAUAACAAGGGACGGAUCAGACUUUUGGGCAUUGAUGUCCCCAUGAAGGACACCCUGGGUCAGCCGCUAUUCCCUGUCCGGGUGAGGAUGGCCCAAGGGCACAACUCCAAGCUCAUCGGCAAUAACCCGGACGCGGACUUCUUCCUCGCGACCAGGUUCUACAGCGGAUUGUCCGAGUACGAGGCCGACCUGCAGAGCAGCGUCAGGGGGGUCACUGUACUCUCCCGUGAGGAUACCCCCCCGAAGCUCUUCCACCGCACGAAUGAAAAGGGAAUGAAGGGGAUCCUCCGCGAUGGCAUGAUCGCCGGCUCCGCAAGGUCAGACAGGUCCCACAACUACCUGUCCCCGUACAAGUUGGACGACACCCACUAUAAGAGUGGAAUGCGCUCCAACCAGCCGAUCGAGCUGACGAUAGACACGCAGCGAGCAAUCGCCGCUGGAUGCGUUUUCUUCGUCACGGAGACCGACGGCGUCCUCACACGGGACAAUGUGCCUCCCGAUUGCGUGCUGUCCGCCGUCGACACCAGCAACAAGAACCUCCCGCUCUAUGUCGCCGAGCACAAAGAAGCCGCCCGCGAGGGUGAGCCAGAGCGCAUUUUCCGCGCCAAGCGCGACUAUGAGGAGGCCGCAGCAGCAAGCUCAUCAUCGGCACCGCCCCCAAAACAGGCGGCUAUCGCUCCCAAAGCGAUUGCUUCAAAGAAGAUGCCGAAGGUGGUUCCCAAGCCCGCCGCAAUCGCCGAAAAAGACGAAAGCAUGGACUUGGAUGAAGCCACCCGCGAGGGUGAGCCUGCUGAUGCUGCUGGUGCAUUCGACCUUGACGAAACCAAGGUUGAGGUUGAGGUUGAAGUCGACGAAGGCGAUACAACGGAUGCGGGUGAGGAUGAGCCAUACCCACUUGGCUCACACCCAUGCCGUGAGUGCGCAGCAGUCGUUGCCAAUGGCAUGCUGUUCUGCCUCCGUUGCAAGGCUCCCCAGACGGAUGAUUCUAAGAAGAUCACAAAGCGAGUCUUCGAGAAUUCGAGACUUCGCCAGCGCCUUCUUGCCACCGCUGCGACCGGAGCCCAGAAGCCCAUCGAUGAUCUCCUUGCGAGUGACCUUCGAGGCCUGGGCGAGGGACCAAAGAAACGUGGUCAGAUGAGCGCAGAGGCUGCCGCCAUUCGUGACGCCAAAGACCGAAAGAUCAGGGCCGCCAAGUUGAACUUUGACACCGUGUCCGACCGCUUCGAGAAGGACGCGCAGUUCAACGUGAGGAUGAUGCAGGAGGGCCGCAACUUCGAGGACAUGCAGAAAUUCGAUCACCUGUCGAACGCUGUGCUUCCCGAUCCAGGACGCAGCGAGGAGCAGCGCUACUUGCGUGCCGGCUCCCAUUAUGGUGGUGGCAAUGUCCCGCCAGCGAAGUUGGUCUAUUAUGCCCACUGCGAAGUGGAGCCGUUGAGGAACUUGCGGUUUAUCGACGAUACCUCGGAUGUUCCCAUCGGCUUGACCUACCUCGGUGCAUUCCUCCCUCCGCCUGGGCGGCAUUUAGCAGGGAAUGAGGGAAUGAGUGGGGCACGGCGCCAGCGCCGAUCUUAG